UCCUCGCGCUACUACAACAUGGAAGGAUCUGUCAGAAGUUGUGUUCCUGUUCAGAAAAAUUAACCUUUUGUUGGUACCUGCCGUCCUUUAUACGUGAUCAGCGGACACAGCAAAUAAGAGCGAACAAAAUUUCUUCUAGAUGUGAGCGCCUCGUGUCGAUUGAACGUGUGUGCGCGUUAACCGUAGGCCUAGAUCAGAUCUCGUUUUACCACGGUUGGGCGGGGAUCGAUAAAUUUUUCGCUUUGGUUUACCGUGAGAAACAAAUUGGCCGCUUACAUCAGCUGGUGAGUUUGUCGACGAACCUGUGGUAUCGCUGGUCGACUCAGUAGCAGUAAAGGCUCUUUAUUUGGUGGGUUCUCUUAGUAGUCAGUCUGUGUUUGCAUUGGUGACUGGAUACCAUGGGGGACAACACGACAGUGGUACAACCCGCGGCGCCCGGUUCAGAGAAUGCGGAAUGUAGCGUCAAGGUGGUGUGCAGAAUCCGACCUUUGAACGAAACCGAGUUGCGGACAGGUAGCAAAUUCAUAGUCAAGUUCCCACCUAACACAGACGAUGCUCUCACUAUUGGGAGCAAGGUAUUCGUAUUUGACCAAGUGCUGCCACCACAAACAACACAGGAGGAAGUGUACGUGAAGUCAGCUCAAGCUAUUGUCAAAG